UUCUUCAGUUUCUCACUUCAACAGCAUUAGUUAGCAAUGGCUUGGGAAACCUUGUCACUCGUAAGCCACCACCUCAAGAGGGCGGUGAAGAAAAUCAACCUGAUUUUACUCAGCUUCAAAUUAAACCGAUUGCGGUUAGCUUCGAUCCUUGGUUGCGCUUCUCGAGCUUCUACGCGGCAUUCUUUGAGCUUCAAUGACCGGCUGGGGCUUUACAGCUGCAUUGAAGACGAAAAUACUCAUGGGAAUCAGCGCGGUUUGAGAAGGGUUCAAAGCACGAGGACCCAUGAUCGUCUGAGGGAUCAGAAUUCGGAUGAUCACGAUGACGAUGAUGUCAAUCGCAGGGCUGAUGUUUUUAUAGCAAAUUUUCGCCGGCAGCUGAUGUUUGAGAGGCAGGUUUCUUUGCAGCUAAGGAGAAGCGUAACGUUACAUCAAGAUUUAGGGGAACGAAAACACACAGAAAAAUCAGGUAAACGACUAAAAAUAGAGCAUAAUUUAUGAACAAAUGUAUGGUAUCUUAAACUGGUAAUAUGAACAAGUCCC